AUGAGACUCAUUGCUCUUCUCUUUGCGGUAACUGCAAAUGCAUUUUUGUUGAACUGCGAUGGCGGAACCGCCGGUGACGGAGGCUGUGAAGCAAAUGGCCUUCACACCUAUUGUUGCAAUGAAUCUUUUGAGACUCCGGUGUACGUUCACGUCCGCGACGUCACCGUUCUGUCGAAGAAUCCUCAGGGCAACAGUGACUGCAAGCCUACGGGUACCAACACGGCCGGGAGAGUUUUCUGUGCUGCAUAA